CCGGAGGUCUUUCCCAGGGCGGCUGCUGGGUGAGUGUCUCCUUUGUUGAGAGUCCGAGGAGGUAGGGCGGGGGUUCUGGGUUGGGCCUGCGGACCCUCCUUUUCUUGGCGGGGCCCGGGCGUGUAGUCCCGCUCCUCGUUAUGUGCGGAGGUAGAGGAAAAGGGCUCCGGCCCACUCGGCGUCGUGUCUUCGGUGCCGGCGGCUGUCCGUCUGCCGGUUCUAUCCUCAAACGCCGGGACACUGCUUUCUUGGAACUGCGCAGAACCGAGAUCCAGCUGGCUCCUUCUCCGGGUGAUUUGAUUUUCGCUCCUUUUUUUCUUUUUUUUCUGAGACCGAGUCUCACUAUGUCACAGCUCACAGCAACCUCCAACUCUGGGGCUUAAGCGAUUUCUCUUACCUCAGACUCCCAAUACUCCUUUUUUGAUUUUAGGUCUGCGGACGCCACCGGCCCUGGAGUGUCCUUUUAGACUGCGUUGAAACCAAUAAAGGCCGUUUCUGCUGAAGUGCGUCUGUAUCUGCGUUCUUUAUUCCGAGACUGCAGAGUUCCGGGAGGCUGUACGCAUUCUUCCGCCACGCUGAAUUUAAAGAUACACCUUUGGACCUCAGGCCUCAAACUGGAGUGUGGUUGACAUUUCGCACAAGGUUGUCUGGUCGACCUUGCCUGGACCUACGAUGGCCGCGUUGCGCCUGAUGUUCCACGUCCCCAGCCUGGUGGCAGGGGCACGCUGCACAUCGGCGGGCACACUGGCUGGUAGCUGCCUGGCACACUGCUGCCUCUGGGAUCGAUUCCACGCCCAGCCUCGUCCAGGCAGUGUCCCCACCUUCGACUGGUUCUUUGGAUAUGAGGAAGUUCAGGGGCUCCUACUGCCCUUGCUGCAGGAAGCACACACUGCCAGUCCACUGCAGGUGCUGGAUGUGGGCUGUGGAACCUCUAGCUUGUGCACUGGCCUCUACACCAAAUCCCCACACCCAGUGGAUGUGCUGGGGGUGGACUUCUCUCCUGUAGCUGUGGCCCACAUGAACAACCUCUUAGAGGGUGGCCAAAGCCAAACACAUCUCUGCCCUGGGCACCCUGCCUCCCGCCUACGUUUCAUACAGGCUGAUGCCCAGAACCUGGGACCUGUGGCCUCCACAGGCUCCUUCCAGCUACUAUUGGACAAGGGUACCUGGGAUGCUGUUGCCCGAGGUGGUCUGCCUGGGGCUUACCAGAUGCUAUCAGAAUGUCUUAGGGUCCUAAGUCCCCAGGGUACCCUGAUUCAGUUCUCAGAUGAGGACCCUGAUGUGCGGCUCCCCUGCCUAGAGCAAGGAUCCCGAGGCUGGACUGUGACUGUACAGCAGCUGGGCCCCUUCAGAGGUAUCACCUACUUUGCUUAUUUGGUUCAGAGCUCUUAGUAAAGACAUUUUAGU